UCAUCGACUUCCUUACGAUAACCAUAUGAAAAAAAUUUAAUUUAAGUGAAAUAAAAUAAAAAAAAAUUGUUAUUCAGUCAAAACAAGUAAUAAAACUGUUUACUGUACUUAAAAUAGAAUAAAAAAGAUUUUAAAAUAAAUUUGAAAAUAUUUUGAAAACACCGGAAAGCUUUGUAAUCUAAAAAUAGCUGAUAUUUAUGUUACUUAUUGCUUAAUAAAUUUAAUCAAUAAAAAAAUAGUGGAAUACAAAUAAAAAUUUUAAAGCAACAAAACAGACUAAUAUGAAGUUCGCAAAAAUCACAGCAUUUUUAAUUUUAUUUAUUAAAAUAAAUAUUUCAAAAUCACACGUAAUUCAAGCAUCAGUUGUUCCAACACAUCAAGCAUCACAUGUCAAAGGAGAUAUUUGGGUACAUUUAUGGAAGGAAUUUGGAGUAAAUUUAACGACCUUUUUUGUUCGUCGAAAAACUGUAAUAAAUAAUUUAAGUUUUGAAAUAUCUACAAUAAGAAGCUUAGAAGUCUCAGGAUUUACAAUAAAAGACUCAAAAACAAUCAGUUUCUUACCAGUGAAAGUAAGCGAAGUUUUUCCAAAUUUAUUGAUUUACGAAGCAAAUAAUUGUGCAAUAAAUAAAUUAUUGAAGCCAAAUUUUGAAAACUUAAAGAAACUUCGAGUCCUAGAUCUUCAACAUAAUCAAAUCUCAUCAUUUUCGGAGGAUACGUUUGAUGACCUUCAAAUGCUUAUUCAUUUAGACUUAGCAAACAAUAAACUUCAUGACAUUGAGGAAAACUCAUUUAAAAAUCUUCAUGUUUUAAGAAAUUUGUAUUUAGGAUUUAACGAGAUAAAGCACUUACCUUUAAAUGUCUUCAAGCCACUCAAGGAACUUCGCAAAGUCGCACUUCCAUCAAAUAAAAUUCGUAAAAUAUUUAAUAAUCAUUUUUCAAGCAAUAAAAAAUUAACAAAUGUUUGGCUCAAUGAAAAUUCUUUACAAUGCAUGGAUGAUGAAGUCUUUAAUGACAUGAAUAGACUAAAAUUUGUUUAUUUAGAAGGUAAUACAUGUAUCGAUAAAGACUAUCGUGAUAAAUAUUUGAAGAAUAUUGAACAUGAUAUUUCGAGAAAUUGUAAACAAUGUUAAUAAAAAUUUAUUUUAAAAAUAUUUAAAGAA